AUGACGGAUGAUGCUCUCAUGCGGGAGCGAGCUGAUCGCCGCCACGCAUUAGCCAGAAUCGAGAAUCUGAUCAAGAACACCCCAACUAUGCAUGUUGAAUCCUCUGUUCUGGAGGCGGCUGGUAUCUGCCAUCUGACCUUAUGUCUUGAGGAGGACAACGCCUUGCACCAUCCGCGCUUCUUUCAGCCAUACCAAGAGGAACUGCCUCUCCCGGAGAACGAAGAGGAGUUGCUGGGAUUCGAGCCCGACCCAGAUCGCAUCAUGUGGGAAGCUCGGGCUAUGGAGCUCUUCCUCACUAAGCAAUUUUACAAGUGCGGGAGAUACGCAGCGCUGAAGUACCCCCAUAACCCUCGGCCUUCUGGUGGAUAUCGAAAGUAUUAUGCCGUAUCAGUUACCGACUAUUGGACGGGCAAUUGUCCACACUUCAAAGUCAUGCUAGAAAGCGACGCAGUUGGAGAUGACCGAUUGCUUCGCGGUGAAAUUAUGACCUUCACCGAUAUCAUGGCUGCGAGGCUGAGGACAAAGUCACUGCGCCCGCAUAUUGUUGCCCCAAUCCUGGUGGUGUCUCUCAUGGGUCCCCGACAUGCCCGCGUACUGGAAGCGGGUUACGAUGGGAAGACUCUGAACAUUCGCGCAACACGGAUUCUGCAAUUGCUAACGCGGUAUUGGCUAGGUGGUGCUUGUGGACAGACUGAGAUGGAACCAUCUUAA